AUGAGAGCUUCCUUUGCACUUUCAAAACCUUCUUUAGAUGGUCUCAAUAACUGUGAACAUAAAAGUUCUUUUUCUUCUUCCAAAAAAGUUUCUCCUUCAAAUUCUUUUAAAGCAUUGUGUAUAAAUGCACAUGAAGCUCUAACAAUUGUCUGAAGUUAGGAAUAAAUUUUACUUUAGACUCGGGGUUCUGAGAAUUAAACAUACGUAUCUGUAUUUAUCCCCGCCAUUAGAUUCAAGUCUCUGCGUGACUAGCGUUUGUGACUGUCGGCUUAAAAUGUUUCUAACACGUUCUGAAUACGAUCAUGGUGUCAAUACCUUCUCUCCAGAGGGAAGAUUAUUCCAAGUUGAAUAUGCCAUAGAAGCUAUAAAACUUGGUUCUACUGCCAUUGGAAUUGCGACAUUGGAGGGUGUAGUAUUAGUUGUGGAAAAACGUAUCACUUCCAGUUUAAUGGAACCCACAACUGUAGAAAAAAUUGUAGAAAUUGAUAAACAUAUUGGAUGCGCAGCAUCAGGCUUAAUAGCUGAUUCUAGGACUAUGAUUGAUCGUGCUAGAGUAGAAUGUCAAAAUCAUUGGUUUGUCUACAACGAGAGAAUGUCUGUGGAAUCAACAGCACAAGCUGUAUCUAAUUUAGCCAUACAAUUUGGAGAUAGCGACGAUGAUGGUAGUGCUAUGUCAAGACCAUUUGGUGUAGCGAUGUUAUUUGCUGGUAUUGAUGAGAAAGGGCCUCAGUUGUAUCAUAUGGAUCCUUCUGGCACUUUUGUACAAUUUGAUGCUAAAGCUAUUGGAUCUGGUAGUGAGGGCGCACAACAGAACCUCCAAGAAGUUUAUCAUAAGUCUAUGACACUUAAAGAAGCAAUAAAAGCUGCUUUGGUUAUAUUGAAGCAAGUUAUGGAAGAGAAAUUGAGUGAUAAUAAUAUAGAAGUAAUGACAAUGACACCUGAGAAACUGUUCCAUAUGUUUACAAAAGCUGAAUUACAGGAGUUAAUUGAGAAUUUGCCGUUGUCAAGAGAAGAUUCAGUGCGAUCGAAAUCCAAUACCUCCAGUCCGCUUCCAUCCUUUCCAUCUGUAUCCACUCUUGGAUAA